AUGCCGAAUAUUCCCCUAGUCUGUUAUCGACCGCCGCCCGCCACCGGUCGCCGACCUUCGUUGCCGGCCACCGGCCACUGCCGGUCGCCCGCCGCCGGUCGCCGGCCGCCGGUCGCCGGUCGCUGGCCGCCGGUCGCUGGUCGUCGCCGGUCACCGCCGGCCGCCGCCGGCUGCCGGCAAUCGGCCUCCACCACCGCUGCCAAUUGCCGGUCGUCGAUCGCCGGCCGCCGAUCACCGUCCGCCUCCGCCACCGUUGCCGCUGGUUGUCGUUCGCCUGCCGUUGCCCAUCGCCGCCGAUUGGCGAAGACGGUGGCCUGCUGCGGCGACCGACGGUGGCGGCGGCAGCUGGUUGCCGAUGGCUACCGUAAACUCCGGCAGAGUCUGUUAUCGACCGUCGCCCGCCACCGGUCGCCGGCCGCCGGCCACUGGCCACCGCCGGUCGUCGCUCGCCGGCCGCCGUCGGUCGCCGGCCGCCGGUUGCCGGCCGCCGCCGGUCGCUGGUCGUCGCCGGUCACCGCCGGUCGCCGGCCGUCGCCGGUCGCUGGUCGUCGCCGGUCACCGCCGGCCGCCGUCGGCUGCCAGCAAUCGGCCGCCACCGCCGCUGCCAAUUGCCGAUCGUCGAUCGCCGGCCGCCGAUCACCGUCGGCCUCCGCCACCGUUGCCGCUGGUCGUCGUCCGCCUGCCGUUGCCCAUCGCCGCCGAUUGGCGAAGACGGUGGCCUGCUGCGGCGACCGACGGUGGCGGCGGCAGUUGGUUGCCGAUGGCUACCGUAAACUCCGGCAGAGGUGUGGCGACCGUCGAUAG